AGGACCUCAACCACAAAUUGAAACCCACUCAUCCACCCUUGAAAGCAUUUAGAACUAUUCUUGCUGCUCUUCUUCCUGCUCCAUCGUUGUUGUGCAGCUAUGACGCUCUUCUAGCAAUUUUGUACCUUGAAUUCAUUUUGCGUAAUUCACCUCUGGUACAAACAAGUUGCAUCUUGCUAUUGAUUCGCGACAAGCGCAAGAAUUAAAACCGCUUCCAGGUGAUACCCUCACCAAGAGGCUGAUUCUUUGUACCGGAAGUAGAGCUAAGCCUAAAUAGAAAACAUGGCUUCCACCAUAACAGCCAAAACAAAACUUUCGUUUCCGUCCAAGAAACAUCGCUUUCUUCCGCUGCUGCUUCAGCUGGGAACGAGGUGCGACUUAACUGCGGCGUGCAGCAUCGGACAGACCAUAUGGGCGGUCGAUUCCUCCUCCACAUGGCAGAUGGCACAGGUGCAAGCCGUGCUCGAUCCAGGGGCCGCAAAUGUCCUUGUUUUGAACUGGGGCAGCAACAACUUGUGUGCGGACGUGAACUCCGCCAGCACGGCGGCACAAGCGACACUGUGCCAGCGGCUACCCGCGAGCACGAACCCCUACACCAGCGCCGCGGGUCGGAAUAGUCUGGUCACCUGUGCGGAUCAACUGGGGCUGUCGGGGAGCGGAACGUCAACGACUGCGGACGGCUCGGACGGCGUUGUGGUAAGCGAAACGGCGAUCAUCAUCAUCGUGAUCUCCAUGGGCGUUCUGCUUUUUCUCGUCGGCAUUGUCUGGGUUCUCCGGAACCAUCCGACCGCCUCAAAGUACCUCCCCACUAGCCCUCUGCACGGCCCGGGCCAGGGCUUUAGCUGGGUGGAGUCGCCGAAAAGAGCGUGGCGGGGCAUGUUUUCGCCGAAGGGAAACAAAACCAUGAAGAUCUCGCCCGAAGACGUGGCGGCCAACGAGAGGAACCGCUACUACCGCGACGACCCCGUGACGCUGUUGCCGGUGCGCGAGGCGACGGAGCAGAAAGGGCGGAACGGAUCGAAAGGAAAGCCGCCCGCGCUGCCCCCGAGUGGGGGUGCGCCACUGGCGAUUGAGGAUGAACCGCAGGAGGACCAAGACGUGCGCAUCAAGACGGAUCCCAACCGUGACAGCGUCAACUCCUACGUGAGCGGCCAGCUCGGAUCCAUCGGGCGGGCGAAAGUGACACCGCGGCAAAACACGACGCCGCGGCAGGACGGUCAGCAGCUACCAGGACAGGUUUCGAACACGACACCGAGGCGGCAAAACACGACUCCAAGACAAAACGCCACGCCUCGGAGGCAGGACAGUUAUCGCGAGCGCAACACCACGCCUAGACAAGGACAACAAAACGUAACGCCGCGACAGAACACAACGCCCCGUAGGGAUACGACACCAAGGCGGAACACCACCCCGAGAUGA